AUGCCAUCAAGUUCACCGGAAAGACACUUGGUCGCACCGGACAACAGCAACAUCGCUUCCAGACAGGCAUCCCAAGACUCCGACCGCGAAGUGAAAUACCAAACAGGAUUGAUGCCCGCGGAAUAUGCCGGCCUCGAGGUGGCCUCGCCCUCACCGGGUAUGAAGUACUACCAGCCUGCGUCGGGCGCCGCCCCUGAACCAGUACCGGCACCCGCGCCGGGCGGAUACGCGCCCUCAGAGAACAAGACGUACACGGUGCCGAACUCGAAUCUGCGCUUCGUGCGCGAGUGCGGCAACAAUUACCCGAUGAACGACCUGGGCCACAUCCCGCUGACGAGGAUGGAGGAUUGCAUGAACCUGUGCGCGGCGCUCGCUGUCACGACGCAGAGCGCUGAUGGGCCUUGUGUGGGUGUGGCGUGGGUUACGGCGGGGAAGCAGGGGACGGAUGAGAAUUAUUGCUGGUUGAAGAGUGCCAAGGGGGCGCCGGAUCCGAAGGCGAAUAUUGAAGCUGCGUGGCUUGUGAGGACGUGA